AUGGCAAGCAACGGACAGGAGGGGCAAGCAGCGAAAAGUAGUCAGAUGGCAAUCAUGCGAGCCAUACAACAAGAACUCGCAGAGCUCCGAGCAGAAAAUGCCAGUAUCAAACAAAAGCUAGAAAGCAACAACGAAGGCGAAGGAGAGCAACCACGCCCCAGCAAAACUCAAGCUACAUCCCAGCCAGUACGCACCGAAACUGUCGAAGAAAGUGCGCAGAACCCCCCAACUAUGGGAACAGCUAAUACCUCCGCAAUGCAAAAAAAUGUGUGCAGGCACCCUUUUGUCGAUGGGAUAAUGGAGACACCCUUACCUAUUGGAUGGAAAACCUUGGUCAUCGAUAGGUAUGAUGGCACAACAGACCCUGAUGAGCACAUACAUGUGUACCUCACACAAGUUGGCCUGUACACCACAAACGACGCGAUUCUUUGCAAGGUCUUUCCCACUUCACUUAAGGGAGCAACCCUCAGCUGGUUCACUCGCCUAGCUCCUUUUUCCAUCGAUUGUUUCGAUGCUUUAACGGCUCAAUUCGAAACUCAAUUUGCCACAUCGCGGCCACAUAACCUCACAUCUCUCGCCCUCAUAAACAUGCGCCAGGAAAAGGGAGAGCCCCUCAGAGCGUUCGUGGAACGCUUCGGGAAAACAGCCCUUAGCAUUCAUAACUUGAGCCCGGAGGUAGUCCUCCAUCAGAUGAUUAACGGGUUGCGAAGCGGACCCUUCGCUGACAGCCUGUGCAAGAGGCCAGCAGCUAUUAUGGCUGAGUUGAGGCAAAGAGCAGCCAAGUAUAUGCACAUGGAGGAGCUAAAAGAUUUUAAAAACAAAGUCGCUACCGAGGAUAACGCGACCGACAGAAGGCUUGAUAAGGAGGGGGCGCGUAAGGCCCCAUCAAGGCCACCUGCCCAUCCAAGAACCCAGCGAUUUGCUAAGUACACACCUUUGAAUGCCUUAAGGUCAUUGGUACUUGAAGAAGCCCUGCACACUGACCUCUUAAGUACUCCCAGGAGGGCAAAUACACCUCCGAAUGCUGACACCACGUGA